AUGAUAUUUUGGCUUUUAUUACUAAAUGCUUAAUGCGAACUUUUAGUACUUCAUUCUAGUUUAUAUGCGAAAACACCUAGUUGUGGAUCAGCAGGUUGUAAUCUAGAUGGUUGGACUCAAUAAGCUUCUCCGAAUUAUUAUACGUGUGCAAAUGAAGGAUUUGCAAUGAAUUACUUAGAUUAAAUAAAUAAGCAAAUGUAUCGCAGUUUAUCUUAUGGGUAUCCGAAAGUGAAAUUUGUCGUGUGGUUUGAUCUCUUUUAUAUGGGUACCUGGAACAAUGAAGCCAUUUAAGUCAAUUAUAAUAGUGUCGUAUUUGCUACUAUUACAUAUACUAGUCCAACCACAUAUCCCUACUCAACUGAAUUUUGUGAUAAUAAGUAAUAUGAAGUUAAAUCAAAGAAAGUGUUAAUUACAGGCUAAUCAAGUGGAAAUUUAGUAAUAACAAAUAUGUCUGCCAAUGGUAAAGUGGUCAUAAGGAAUUUGAUAUUUGCAGUUGAGAAAUGUCAUUGGAGUUGUAAAACCUGUUCAAAUUUAAUUAGUUGCUCAUCAUGCUUCACUGGAUCAUCACUCAAUGGAUUAGGAUUGUGUACUCAAUGUGCAGACUAUAUAGAUCCCACAUUAGGUUGUGUUCCUAUAUGUGAUAUCAAUAAAUACCCUAACUCUGAUAAAUAUUGUGUAGAUAUAACAGAACAAGCAAUUCUCAAUGAUUAGUUCAAAAAUGCUCCCCCAAAUGUCUAGUGGAUUAGAUUGUAUGAUCCUGCAGGAUUAACAACCUCACUAAAAUGUUCUCAGUAUUUUGGUUUACUAACUGGAAGUGAAGGCAUGGAAAAGAGUAUCCCUCAACCCACUUAAUAUAAACAUAAAUUAAGAAUCAAAGUAAUACUGUAUCUUUACAAUGCUAUCCCUUUAAAUUAAGGCAUUGUCUUUACUAUUAAUAAUGUUUACAUAGCAUAGUUAUACAAUUCGAAUAGUAUUAUCACAAUGCACAAUGGGUAUAUCAUAAAGAAGACACCAUCAUCAUGCACUGGAGUUGGUUCUGGAUAAUAGUAUACAUUGAUUAUUAUCUGUCCUAUUCCAACAGGUGAUUUCACCAUGCGUAUCUAAGGAAAUAUGUAAAUAACUACAACACUUUGGGGAGUUACUUAAGUCUAGUUAGUGGCUGGAUAUUGUUAAUAAGAGUGUGUCACUUGCACAUCAGACUUUACUUGUACCUAAUGCUCACCCGGUUACUAUAUUUAUUAGGGAUUAUGCACCAAUACUAUGCAAAGUGACAGACUAAGUCUGAAUGUUACUCACGUUAUUACUUAUGAUACAGAAUACCCUUAUUCCACUUAUCUAGCAUCUGAUUUUAGCAAUUAUAAUAUUAAGCAAGAUCCUGAAACAUAUUUCACAUUGAUAUCACAAAAUUAUUAAAAUUUUCUCACAGGUUUUCAAACAUUUGGCAUAUAUACUAAAAAAGUCUUUGGAGGACCUUAUGUUUGGACAAAUGCUAAAUUUAACAAUAUUUAUUCAAUUGCUAAUGCUCACUAUGCAAUAUCAAUUAGAAUGAAGAUAAUUCUAGGAGAUUAAUUUAGUGAAUAAUUUAUAAUUGAGUUUGAUACAAAUGGUUAAGAAACAAUUACUAUAGGGCCAUCAUCAAUUAAUAUAUUUGGUAGAAGUCCAACAGAAUAUUCUAUUGAUAAAUAUUGGUACAUUUCUCAUUCCCUUAGUUCAUUGAUGACUACAGUCGAAUGCUAAGGCAAUGGAGAUUUAUUGCACCAUUAUUGUGGUAUUUCAGAUUACUACGUUGUUGUACACUAAUGCUUUCCCUUCUGUUUGGUCUGCACAGAUUCCACAUAAUUAGGAUGCUCUUCAUGGGAUGCUAGUUAUUAUACUGCAAAAUUCAGUUAGGUAGAUUGCUUAUCAAAUGAAUACUAUCAAACUUACAAUUGCAAUCCUUGUAAUACUUUAUGCAGCAGUUGCAGAAACUAUUACCUUUGUGAUACCUGUAUUAAUAACUUAGUUUUAAUAUCUGACUAAUGUACAUGUUCAUAAGGUUAUUAUUUGGAUUCUGGAGAUCAAUAAUGUCAUUAAUGCGAUCCAUUAUGUCAACAUUGUUUACAAUAUAAUUUUUGUAUAGUUUGUUUAUAAAUCAACAAAAGAAUUUCAAAUAAUGGAGUAUGUGAUUGUGAAGAGUCCUUUUAUGCAUAAGCUGGAAGUGAUGUUUGUAUCAAGUGUGAUAAUAGUUGUUUAACUUGUAAUGGGCCUCUAAACACUGAUUGUACAAAUUGUAAUACUUUAAAAAACUACGAUUUGAAGAGUAACGGUAAAUGCCUUUGUAAAAGUCAUUAUUAUCUAACUUAUGGGAACUGUUUAGGUAUAUUAAAAUAUAUAUUUGCAAUUAGAGUGCCAUUUAUCUUGUAAGGAAUGCUUUGGGCCUAAUUACAACAAUUGCCUAGAAUGUGACUCCACCAGAUCUUUAUAUUAAUUGUAAUGCAAGUGUAAUCUUGGAUAUUUUGAUAGUGGAAUUUCUACAUAUUGCAAUAGUUGUCCUGCCAUUGAAACUCCAUCAUUGCUUGAUUGCUAUUUUGAUUGUAAUGGUACAACUUAAUGGUUUAAUGUGAAUUGCGCUUACACUCCUGUAUGUUCAACUGGUCAGUCGAUAAUUAAUUAUAAAUGUUAAUCUGUAUGUGGUGAUAAUAUUAUAAUGAGUGAUGAAUAAUGUGAAGAUUUAAAUAGCGUUAUGAAUGAUGGAUGUUAUAAUUGUUAAUAUUAAUGUCCUUUGAGUUGUCCUAAUUGUAAUAGUGGUAGUUGUACUAAUGUAUGUGGAGAUGGUUACGUAACAGGAACAGAGUAAUGCGAUGAUGCUAUAAAAUCAAUUGGAUGCAGUGGUUGUACAUUUCAAUGCCAAUCUCAAUGCUCAGAUUGCUAAAAGGGAGAAUGUUUUGAAUGUAAUGUAAGUGGAUACAUUUUGGAUAUCAUCAAUAAUAAAUGCAUAGAACAUUGUGGAGAUGGAGUAAUAAUUGGUACUGAAGAAUGUGAAGAUUCUAAUUCUAAUCCAAAUGAUGGAUGUGAUAAUUGCAAAUUCAAAUGUAGAUCAGAUUGUUUGGAAUGUUCAGCCAAUGGGAAAGUGUGUAAUACUUGUUGGAAUUCUGGUUAUAAAACAGUAGCUGGAUCUUAUAAAUGUGUUCCAAUUUGUGGUGAUGGUUUAAAAAUAUCUAAUUCAUUUGAUACUGAAUAAUGUGAUGAUGGCAAUCUUGUUGCAAAUGAUGGUUGUAGUUCUACUUGCUAAUGGCAGUGUCAACCUUCUCCAAUCUGCACAACCUGUUCAAGCAAUUUAUGCACAUUAUGUGGAUCUGGUUAUACAUUGAUUUCAACAAAGAAUUAAUGUGUUCCAACAUGUGGAGAUGGUAUAGUCAAAUCUGGUGAAAUAUGUGAUGAUGCUAAUAAUAGAUAUUUUGAUGGGUGUCAUAAAUGUCAACUAAUGUGUUAAUAACAAUGUGCCACUUGUACUGCUAAUGGUUGUACUUAAUGUGAUACUGGCUAUACCUUAAAUCUUUUUAAUAAUAAAUGUACAUCAGUUUGUGGAGAUGGUUAUGUAAAUGGUAAUGAAGAAUGUGAUGAUUUGGUCCAUUAACAUUGCAAUAAAUGUAGAUAUUUGUGUGAUUACGGAUGUAUCAGUUGCAUGUAUGGAUUAUGUUACAGAUGUUCAUUGAAUUACAACUUGAAUCCAUAUACUCAAUAAUGUGAAAGCAUAACUAUCGUUAAUUCUUAAUAAUUAUAUCAAUAACAAUCAAUAGAGAAUCUCAAAACAAGUUCACCUAUUAAAUAUUGCAAAUUUCAAAUUCAUACUGAUUGUUUAGAGUGCGAAUUAAAUUUUAAGUGGAAUUCAUUUAAUUAAUAAUGUUAGCUCAUUCAUUUUGAUUGUGAAUAAAAUUGUCUUUAUUGCAAUUCAGACUCAUGUAUAGUUUGUCAACAUAAUUAUAUUUUGAUUAAUUCCAUAUGCAUUGAGGAUCAGUAAUUUAUUAAUAAUGUUCCAACUUGCCAAUAAAGUUGUAAACAUUGUCUUAAUGACGUCUGUCUUUAAUGUAGUAAAGGAUAUUAUCCAGUACUUGAUACAUGUUAACCUGUAUGUGGAGAUCAAAUAAAGACCUUGGAUGAAGAAUGUGAUGAUAACAAUAAUAUUUAUGAUGAUGGAUGCUAUGAUUGUUAAUUUUAUUGCUUUGGUAGUUGCUUAAAUUGUUAAUUUGGUCAAUGCUUUGAAUGUGAAGCACCAGAAAAGUUGAUCAUAUCAAAAAUGCAAUGUUAUGAUCCAGAAAAAUGUGAUAAAGGAUACUAUGCUAGUGAUUAUGAUAAUCUUUGUUAUAGUAAAUGUGGAGAUUACAUCAAAACUGAAGAUGAAGAGUGUGAUUCUCGUAUUCUAUGUGAGAAUUGCACCUUAGUUUGUUCAUCUAAUUGUAAAUAUUGUGUAGAUAGAGUAUGUUACACUUGCGAAGAUGAAUACGCAUUAAAUGAACAUAAUUAAUGUCAUUUAAUAUAAUACUCUCAGUAAAUUCAGAACUUAUAAGUUUUUGAAGUUAAUAAUACCUUAUGUUUUUAUGAAUACUGUUAUUAUCAGUCUCAGCCGAUUAUGUAAUUAGAGUAAAUUAAUCAAACCAAUAAUAUUCAGUUUUUAAAUCUCUCCUUUGAUCAAGAAAUCAAAAUUGCUUGCAAAAACAUACAAGAUAUAAUUAAAAUCCAAUUAAUUGAUGAUGAUAAUAGCCUUAUUAAUUCAAGUAUUAUUAAUUAAUCAUAGAAUUUGAUUCUUCACAUUAAAUACCUAUAAACUCUUUAUAAUCCAACAAUCCAAAUAAAAAUAAAUGAUCGGAAUUGCAUCAAGAAUCAAUUUAAUCAAACCUUAUAAGAUACCAUUAUUUAAUUAAGAACUCAAUCAAUUAUUUUACUUACUGAAUCAGAAUAAUUGGCAACUGAUAUUCUCUAAAAUAUUGCAAACACUAUUCAAUAUAUUAUUAUUAUCAGUCUACCUGCUUUACUACUAAUGGGAUAAAUUAGUAAUUUCUUAAAUUUUGUUGAUCUUCUAUAAUUCAUCCAAUAUUAGUAAUAUCUCAACAUCACUUAAGCUCCAAAUAUGGAAGAAUUUCUUUAAGUAUUCAAAAAUACAUCAUUUAAUAAAAUACUAUCAUCUUUUUCACUUUAUAAUCCAUUUUUCAUUCCAACCUAAUUUGAAAGAAAUGGUAGUUUUAUAACUACAUCAAUACCAAUAACUUAGGUUUAUGCAUUCACUAUAAUGACUCAUUAUGGUUUAAAAUCUUUGUCCAAAAUAAUGAGAUAAUCAACAUUGGAUCUAAGAACAUAAAACAAAUUACUAUUAAAAUUUCAUAUAUUUGGUAAUAAGUUUAUUCAUAAUUUGAAUAAAAACAAUCUCUCUGGGAAAUUACAAAAUUUAACUGUGUUUUGUGGAUUAGAGAUCUGCAUGAAUGCCAUAAUUUGUUCAUCUUUGGGAAUAUCAAAUAUAGCAUAAAUUGUUGAAUUCUCUAUUAGUAACAUUAGUUCAAUUACAUACUUUUUAUAUAUCUUAAAUACAGUGAAAAUGCCUACUUUAAUAAUUCUAAGAAACAAGGAUAACAAACUAAAUCCAAUUUAUAAAUCUCCAGAGAAGUACAGAAUUGAUUCUCAUUUAUAUGUAUAAUGUCUAAAAAAAUUACUUUAUCCAUUAUGUUUAGUUUACUGUCACACCAAUCCCACCUUGACUUCUGUGGGUUUGUUUAUAAUAGAUUUUGGAUAUGGAUUAUAUGUUUACCAUGUUAAACCAUUUAGAAAUAAAUUAGAAAAUGGAAAAAUAGUAAUUUAACAAAUUAAUAGCUCUUUACUCAACUCUUGCAAUAUCUUUCACAGUAUAAAUUUGUUCUAAAAUCCAAAAAUUUUAGGAUUUAUUUAGAUGGGAUUAAUUACUGAAUCAUUAACACACUCUUUUUUCAAUGAAGUAGCUUAAAAAAAAGAAGCAAUAAUAAAAUUAUUAAAAAAACUAUUUCAUUAUUCAGAUGUAAAAGUUGAGAAUCCAGGAGUUAUAGAAUUUCUUGUAUACGAAUGA